GGAAAGGCGGGCGGGCUCGGCUGCAAACCCCACUAGCCAGUGUCAGCCUCUCGGCGGGAGGAGGCGGCGGCGGAGGAGGAGCAGGGGGAGGGCUGUCAAAUUCGGGAGCCAGAUUUUUUUCCCUUCCCCUGGCAAUCCCUUCCGCUUCCCCGGCUCCCGGCGUGACAUCUGCGGGCCGGGAACCUGCAUGUGUGUGCGCGCGAAGGAGCGGAAGAAUGGCAGUGCUCAAACUCACCGACCAGCCACCAUUGGUUCAGGCAAUCUUCAAUGGUGAUCCAGAGGAGAUCCGGAUGCUCAUCCAUAAAACUGAAGAUGUGAAUACUCUGGAUUCUGAGAAACGAACCCCUCUUCACGUGGCCGCAUUUCUGGGAGAUGCAGAGAUCAUUGAACUCCUGAUUUUGUCAGGAGCUCGUGUAAAUGCCAAGGACAACAUGUGGCUGACUCCACUGCACCGGGCUGUUGCUUCCAGAAGCGAAGAAGCAGUACAGGUUUUGAUUAAGCACUCAGCUGAUGUCAAUGCAAGGGACAAGAACUGGCAGACCCCUCUUCAUGUGGCAGCAGCCAACAAGGCUGUCAAGUGUGCAGAAGUGAUCAUUCCCCUGCUGAGCAGUGUCAAUGUCUCCGACCGAGGGGGGCGCACAGCCUUGCACCAUGCGGCUCUGAAUGGCCACGUGGAGAUGGUCAAUUUACUCUUGGCCAAAGGGGCAAAUAUCAAUGCAUUUGACAAGAAGGACCGGCGUGCUCUGCACUGGGCAGCAUACAUGGGCCACUUGGAUGUUGUAGCAUUGCUCAUUAACCAUGGCGCAGAAGUGACCUGUAAGGAUAAGAAGGGUUAUACCCCUCUGCAUGCUGCAGCCUCCAAUGGACAGAUUAAUGUUGUCAAGCAUCUCCUGAACCUGGGGGUGGAGAUUGAUGAAAUCAAUGUCUAUGGAAAUACAGCGCUUCACAUCGCCUGCUACAAUGGACAGGAUGCUGUGGUUAACGAGUUGAUUGACUACGGUGCUAAUGUGAACCAGCCAAACAAUAAUGGGUUCACCCCUUUGCAUUUUGCUGCUGCCUCCACUCAUGGUGCUUUGUGUCUUGAAUUGUUAGUAAACAACGGGGCAGAUGUUAACAUUCAGAGUAAAGAUGGCAAAAGUCCACUGCACAUGACAGCUGUCCAUGGAAGGUUCACACGGUCACAGACCCUCAUUCAGAAUGGAGGUGAAAUUGACUGUGUGGAUAAGGACGGCAACACUCCUCUCCAUGUGGCUGCAAGAUAUGGUCAUGAGCUUUUGAUUAACACCUUAAUAACCAGCGGAGCUGACACAGCCAAGUGUGGAAUCCAUAGCAUGUUCCCUUUACAUUUAGCUGCCCUAAAUGCUCACUCUGACUGCUGCAGAAAGUUGUUAUCAUCGGGCUUUGAAAUAGACACCCCAGAUAAAUUUGGAAGAACGUGCCUUCAUGCUGCUGCUGCAGGAGGUAAUGUGGAAUGUAUAAAACUCUUGCAGAGCAGCGGAGCAGAUUUCCAUAAAAAGGACAAGUGUGGGAGGACCCCUUUGCACUAUGCAGCUGCGAAUUGUCAUUUCCACUGUAUUGAGACAUUAGUGACCACAGGGGCCAACGUUAAUGAAACAGAUGACUGGGGACGCACAGCUUUGCAUUAUGCCGCUGCAUCAGACAUGGAUAGAAAUAAGACUAUCUUAGGAAAUGCCCAUGAAAAUUCAGAAGAACUUGAAAGAGCCAGGGAGCUGAAGGAAAAGGAAGCCACACUAUGUCUAGAGUUUCUGCUUCAAAAUGAUGCAAAUCCGUCUAUCCGGGACAAGGAAGGUUACAAUAGCGUACAUUAUGCUGCCGCCUAUGGGCACAGGCAGUGUCUGGAAUUGCUGUUGGAAAGAACAAACAGUGGAUUUGAAGAAUCAGAUUCUGGUGCUACUAAGAGUCCACUCCACUUAGCUGCCUACAAUGGGCACCAUCAAGCCUUGGAAGUCCUUCUGCAGUCGCUGGUGGACCUGGACAUCAGGGAUGAGAAAGGCCGCACUGCUCUGGAUCUGGCUGCCUUUAAAGGACACACAGAAUGUGUGGAAGCGCUUAUCAAUCAGGGUGCAUCCAUAUUUGUGAAAGACAAUGUAACCAAAAGAACCCCACUUCAUGCCUCAGUAAUUAAUGGUCACACACUGUGUUUAAGGCUGUUGCUAGAAAUUGCAGACAACCCGGAGGCGGUCGAUGUGAAAGAUGCCAAAGGACAAACACCACUGAUGCUUGCAGUAGCAUAUGGACAUAUUGAUGCUGUUUCAUUGUUACUUGAAAAGGAAGCCAACGUAGACACUGUUGACAUCCUAGGAUGCACAGCUUUACACAGAGGGAUUAUGACAGGACACGAGGAAUGUGUGCAAAUGCUGCUGGAACAAGAAGUGUCAAUUCUCUGUAAAGAUUCCAGAGGGAGGACGCCCUUGCACUAUGCAGCUGCUCGUGGCCACGCCACGUGGCUGAGCGAGCUGCUCCAAAUGGCUCUUUCUGAGGAGGACUGUUGUUUCAAAGAUAACCAAGGCUACACGCCGUUGCACUGGGCUUGUUACAAUGGUAAUGAAAACUGUAUAGAGGUACUUUUGGAGCAAAAAUGUUUUCGCAAAUUUAUCGGUAAUCCCUUUACUCCACUGCACUGUGCAAUAAUCAAUGAUCAUGGGAAUUGUGCAUCAUUGCUGCUUGGGGCCAUAGAUUCCAGUAUCGUCAGUUGUAGAGACGACAAAGGCAGGACACCCCUUCAUGCGGCAGCAUUUGCUGAUCAUGUGGAGUGCUUGCAGCUUCUUCUGAGACACAAUGCUCCAGUGAACGCAGUAGAUAAUUCAGGGAAAACAGCACUGAUGAUGGCUGCUGAGAAUGGGCAGGCAGGCACUGUGGAUAUUUUGGUGAACAGUGCCCAGGCUGAUCUGACUGUAAAGGAUAAGGACUUGAAUACACCCUUACAUUUGGCUUGUAGUAAAGGUCAUGAAAAAUGUGCCUUGUUAAUACUUGACAAGAUACAAGACGAGAGCCUUAUUAAUGCAAAAAAUAAUGCACUGCAGACACCCCUCCACGUCGCUGCGCGCAAUGGCUUAAAGGUGGUAGUUGAGGAGUUGCUGGCCAAAGGGGCCUGUGUACUUGCUGUAGAUGAAAAUGGUAUUGGAAUUAGCAGCUCAUGCCUAUUUCUCAGAAGUAAGCAGCCAUACUGAUAUCAUUAGCUAACUCUUACUAGUUUUGAUUUUGCAGCCCCAUAUAUCCUAGCAUGUACCCUGCUCUGUCCCCCACUUGACUCAUCUAGGAAGUGCAGAAAGUUCCCUAUUACUCCAUUUCCUUGGUCUUCCCGCCUCAUCUUCCCUCACUCUCUUAACACUACUGUAGACUUAGGGUUGGCCUGCAGAGGCCCACAGUUUUUCUCCAAAAUGGUCAAAGAGAAUAGAAUAAAUUAGUUUUGCUUUUCCUGGUGUAAACUGCUGCAUUGAAGGUUUGUUCAGCUGAUAGUGACCUUAGGAACAAGAGCCCUGGGUUGGUGCGUACCUGCAUCCCAAAGGCCUGGGAACGUUUGGGGCAAUUUUAUAUAGCAGUACAACCAUAAUUCCUUUACUCAUCACUGACUUUCGUGAAAUGGAAUGUUAAACUACCUGUUCAUUCUUAUUUGUUUUCAUACCAGAAAAAGGAAUGAUGUCCUAAAGGGCAGGGUGGGGAGAGCAGGUCGAGUGAUGAUAAACAAAACAACAAAACGUUAAGUUUCAUUGAGCCAUUCCUCUGAAUUACUGAGCAAGUGCCCUACUCACUGUGUAGUGGAAACUUUGGCCAGCUGAGAAGGCAGCUAACCCUUUUCAGGCCAGUAGAAUAAAAGUUGGAUAAGGAAAUAAUCAAGUCAAAGACUUAAUCUACCUCCCCAAGGAACCAGAUAAGACAGUUUUCUUAUCUGGAUUGGAUCCCUUGAAUCUAAAUGAGAAUAACAUGGUUCAAUUAUGACAAGCAUAGUAAUUUUCUCACAUCCAUUACAUUUUAGAUUUGAGACUUUGGUUGGUGAGUAGCCAUUUUUAAAUAUUCUGUUAGGCCAGGUGUGAUGGCGCACACCUAUAAUCCCAGGACUUUGGGAAGCCAAGGUGGGAGGAUCGCUUGAGCCCAGGAGUUUGAGAACAACCUGGGAAGCAUAGCAAGACCUUGACUCAAAAAAAAAAAAAGAAAAAGAAAAAAUCAGCUGGUAGUAGUGGCACACACCUACAGUCCCAGCUACUCGGGAGGCUGAGGUGGGAGGAUUGCUUGAGCCUGGAAGACAAGGCUGUAGUGAGAUAAAGGCCCAUGCCACUACAAUUCAGCCUGGGCGACAGAGUGAAACCCUGUCAAAAAAAAAAAAAUUUGUUAAAUUUCUCCUAAAUGAUUGUACAUUUUUAAUCACAAACGACCAGUGCUUUCCUGUCUCUGAUCUACUGAAAUGAUUCCAUUUUUCUAAAACCAGUUAUUGGUGUCUACUUUCUGUGAAGCAUAUAUAAAGUGACAAAACUUCAUUACUCACUUUUGCAGUCAUCUAAUUUUCAAUAUCUUUUCUAAUUGGACACACAAUUACCUAACAAUGGAAAGUCAUUGUUCUCAGAAUGAGAGUCCUUCUCAGGCCCAGGCCUGAGGCUCAUGGUAUGUGUGUGCUCUCAGGCGGAAACAUCUUCCUGAUUGUCCUGUUGCUGUUUAUUGUGGAAUUGUGUCCCACACCCACCCGGAAACAUCUUCCUGAUUGUCCUGUUGCUGUUUAUUGUGGAAUUGUGUCCCACACCCACCCCCUCGUGUUUGUGUUCACUAAAUGAAGGCUGGAAUCCUGCCUAACUUUGGAUAAUAUCGUGCUUGUCAUAGUCAUAUGAGCUGAAAACAAAAAUAAAAAGCCCUCCAUAAAAUGUCUCCCCCUCCCUCCCCCUCUAGCCUCACCCCUAGCAUGACUUGUAAGAAGUAACUCCUCGUUUUACCUGGCAUGAUUUCUAACUCAACAUACAUCUCUGCCUGUGAGAUCAUCCGAGAUGUACUGUGGAAUGCUCGUGCCUCCUCUAGACUCCCCAGGACUAACCACUGCCUUGUCUGCAUUUACGCCCAGGUCAUACCCCGGCCCUGGCUUGCGCUCCUAACAAAGACGUGGCUGACUGCCUGGCCCUCAUUUUGGCUACCAUGAUGCCUUUUUCUCCUUCCAGUACAAUGACGGCUGUCAACUUCGUUUGUUUAAAAAAAGACAGUUUGAGCAGGACGACCCUCUCCAAUCUGGGUAGCAUGGUUAGCCUGUGCAGUAACAACGUAGGCUCGGAGGAUGGGUACAAUGAAAAUGAUUCUGAUUCGGAAACGUUUUGACUUUGGACUGUAGAAGCUUUUCUUUGAUCACCUGUGUUGGAGGAAAGGAAAGAAGCUUGAAUUCCAGGUUUAUGUUGUAUUCAAGUAUAAUUUGGGGCCUGGGCUUCCAGAAGCUAGUAGAGAAGGAAUUAAUCGAGGGAGGGCAGUGAGGCUGUUGGGUGGAACAGUCACACAGAUGGCCCCAGUUUUGUUUUGUUUCACAUUUUCUUUAAAUCUAAGAUACUUCUGUGAAAGUCUACCUCUCAUUUUAAGUAAAGAAUAAAAGAUGUAUUUAAUUCCUGUUCUUUGGGGAUAAUGCAACAGAGAGGCAGCUCUUCACUAUGAAUAAUUUUUCUUUUCAUGUAUUUAGCAGUGAGUUCUCAGAAGUAUAUCAGUGUGACAUUCAUGUCCCCUGGGAGGGAAGGGAAGAGGCAGAUAGGAAAUGCCUCAAACUUCUUCUCACUUUGAUGUUUACUUCCUCACUAGAAGCCAAAGGUAAAGGUGUUCAUCUUCAAAAAUAAUGCCUGUAAUAAUCUUUUUAGAGAGUCCAACUAUUUAUAUCCUCUCUGUAGUAAGCAUUUAAAUAUCCAGAACUUCUUUCUGAGGAUCUCUGUUAAAGUUGCCAGAUGAAUUGAAAAAUUGAAGUUGCUUUUUUUGUUUCACACAGUGUUCCCUAUAACAAGCCUGUGACUAAUUUUCACUUAAGUGAUUGAACCCAAAUUUAUCUAAUAACAUUUCAGGUGAAAAUUAUAUUGCACCAAAACUUUUGACACAAUAUGCAAAAUUAGUAUGAAACUACCCUUUGUUAAUUUACUCUUAAAUCAAAAUACUAACUUUUAAAAAACAUCAGAAUCAUCAGCAUUGUUCGUCAGUAGUAAAAUGAGCUUCUCAGUCAAGGUCAUGUCAAGUGAGUGAAAAGUGUGACUGCAAAAAGGAACAAAAAAAGUGAAAGCAGAAAGUAGAAAUGGGUGAUUUAGCAUGUAAAACUGAUUGCCACUUGCUUGAUGAUGAAAUCAACGUAGUGAAUACUGUGUCUGCUCCCUUUGCCAAAGCUUCUAGGUCAAAUGGACCCCGUUCCACACCUGGAACCGCUGUACAAAAAGAAGAAUGAUACUCUUUAAAAAUUAUGCACAUACACAUGCACACAUAUAUGUGUGCGUGUAUAUAUAUAUGUGUGUGUGUGUGUAUGUAGUUCAUCAGCCAGCUACACAUGAGGACCAAAAUGCUUCAGUCUAAAAUGGAAGAUACACAUUUUUUUCCUUCAAAAUGCAAAUGAGAACUGAAGUAGCUUUUUUAUGGAGUUAAAUGUAAUCUUUCUGUGUACCAGUCUUUGUUGUAUUUUAUAUUUGUUAGGACACAGAUUUCUAGUUGACCACUUAACAUUUGUAACUGAUGAUGCGUUGACCUUUUUUUUUUUUUUUUUUU